GCGCGUCACGGUCACGUGGUAACAUUUGAAAUUAAGCCUCGAAUCGCGCAACAACACCGCUGUCAGCGAGCGGCAUAUAGGAAAUAAUAAUCAUAUAAUAAAGCGAACCGCGACGAAACAGUAUAUUUUAUGACUUUCGGAGGUAAAGUCGUGAUUUUUAGAACAUAUUAAAGCAGUACAGGCGCUAAUUCAACAUUUUGACGUAACGAUCAUGAUUAGCAAGUAGCCGUAAAGCUAGCAGAAGACCGUGUUUAUCCAGUAUUUGGAGUACAAACAAGCGUUUUGUGUCGAUUAAAUCACAGGUAACAUCGCUCAGGAUGUCUUUAGAGCUUGAAAAAGUGUCGACUCACAAUUGGAGCGCUGCCGGGGCCCCGUCCCAGAGGACCCAGGUUCAGGAGGAGCAUGCGUCUCAGCCGGAUGGUCACGUUCAGAUCAUGUACCGUAAAGAUCAGGUGUAUCAGGAGGACGCAGAGUUCAGCCUGGAAGAGCUCCGAGCGCAGCACUACUACAGAUCUUUAAACGAACGAGCGUCGCACCUGAAGAAGCUGAAGCAGGACCUGCGGCGUCAGAUUGAAGAGAAGCAGAGUCUCCUGCAGCAGAGAAGCGGAGCGGCGGCCGACGAGGAGCCUGCGGGGUCCUGCGGGUCUGGGCUGGAAGCGCUCAGCAGAAGCCCGGCUCAGAGAGAGGAUCCCCGGGAUCACGGAGACUCAGCCUGCAGACGUUCAGGAAGAGUCCUCUGUCGUUUGGAUGAAAGAGACGCUGAACCUUCCACCGGCUCUGAUCAGAACACGCUCACAAACACACUGUCGUCUUCAUCGAGUCGUGUUUCUCUGAAGCUUCCCUCUUUGAGUCUGAAAGCGGAGCAGGUCUCUGGGAAGGAGAGCCGGAGCUCCUCCGGUGUGAGUAAAGAGGGCUCGGCGUCCGUCUCUCGCUCCGAGGAAGCCAUCGUCAGCGGUCACCUGAACAAGACUCUGUGCCGGAGUCCAGACGACACGCGGGAGUUCGCCCGCGCCGCGCAGCUCGCCUCUACUCCGUUCGCUGGAGUUGAGAGGAUAAAAGCGUCUGGGUCCGGAGUGACGGAGAACCAGAGCCCAGCGGCCCCGGAGUCCUCUCAAACCCCGAGCUCCGAGGAGAACAAACUCAGCCCCAUCCUGGAGAUCAGUCAGGAGUGGUGCGGCGCGUCCUUCUCCACCAAGCAGCUGAAGGGUCCUGAGAUCAGCCGAGCCGGAGCAGUCACAGAACCGGAGGACGUCUGUGGUUUAGGUGUCAGAUCCCGGUUGUUUGAUCAGACAGACAUGACGUCCUUCUCCGACUUCCAGCAGAAAAGCGGCCGUCUUCCGGACUCCAGCGGUGACCUGCGUCUCGACGGAGAGGUGCUGGUUCACUGUGGAGAGAUGGAGACGCUGAAGGACUUCACCCUGUACUUCUCCAGCUCCGCCGCCGUCCUUCUGAAGGUGGACCGGUCCGGAGUGCCGUGGGAUUUCUUCAUCAGCUCUCAGCUCAGGUCUCGUGGCUCUGGUGAAGCGGACGCUGAUGUUCAGGUCUGCUGUGACGUGUUCGAGGACGGCUGCUGGACUCUCUGGAGGCUUCCUCGUGGACACACUCUUCAGGACCUCGUCUCCGAGUCCCGCGCUGGACACGACGUCUCUCUGUUAGUCGUUCUGCUUCUGGAGCUGGUGAAACGCCUUCAUUCCUGUCGAGUGGUUCAUGGAGGCCUGAGGCCGGCAUCGCUGUAUUAUUACGUGAGCGGCAUCACGGCGCUGGACUUCUCAAACUCAGUAGAUCUUCAGCUCCAGACCGACGUCACAGCAGCUCAAGAUCUUCCUUCUGCUCAGAAAUACAUUCAGCAGGGUCUUCUGAUGCCUUCAGCCUCACCUUAUCAGGUGGAUCUGAUCGGCGUCGCUGAAGUCGUUCACAUGCUUCUGUUCAAUCAUCCUCUGAAAGUGAAGCAGGAGAACUCUUCCUGGAGUCUGGAUGAAGGAGCAGGAUCUCAGAGCAGCGUUCCCGUCAAGUCUUUAUGGAGAGACUUCUUCCACAUGAUUCUGAAUCCAGAAGGAAAGUCUUCAGAGCUGCUUUUGUCUGAGCUCAUCAGUACCGUGAAGAACAGCUUAUGAAGCCAAGCUACACUCAUUUAUUGUAAAAUAAUAGUGCAUAUAAAUUGAUGUUAUAUAUGUUGCUUUUUAUACACGUUUAAUAAACCAUUUUUUACAACAUGA